AAUCUCUGCCUUGCGGUAUUUUCCGCGUUCCCCGCCGACCGAACACCUUCCUGCUUCGAGUGACACUUGCCAAAAAAACUUUUCAUCUUCACUAGACAGCGACAGGUAAAGUUUUAAGACUUCUUUAGCAGCUUUUAUUGGCGAAAUGACGGAGCAAAAGCUUUCAGAAGUUAUUCAGCAGAUAUUACAAGAGGCUCCAGCUGCCAGGAAGGAUCUUGUUGAUAACCACAGCAACCUCCUCCGAGUGGCUGAUUACUGCGAAAACAAUUAUUUCCAGCAGACGGAUGAUCCACGCAAAGCUGUAGAAGAGGCCAAAGCUUUGGCCACCCAGGCUUUGGCCAGUGUCACCUACCAGAUCAACAGUGUGGCCAGCACCCUGCUGAGGCUGCUGGACUCACAGGUCAUGCAGAUCAAAGACAUGGAGUCCUCGGUCAACCUGCUGUCACUGGCUGUAGCCAUCCACUUUGAGAAGGUGGCCAGGAGAGAGAUUGGUGUUUUUACUACUCCUAAAGACAGGACUCGCUCCAAGCUCAUGACCCCACCGGCUUCAGGCAGGGAGCCAGAGGAAGGCUACUCCAGAGUGCCAAUAUCAUACUCCACCUUGGACUCCAUUGGACACUGUUUUUGGUUCACUGAGCAGCAGCCCAGGAAGAGAGCAGAUACUGCAGACAGCAUACAGAGCACUGCAGACACUUCUGUAUCCAGCCUCGGCAUCGCUGUGCCUCCACCCUCGGUCCCCACCUUGCAAACCGCCACCGACCCCACCAACGGCAGCCUUCCUCCACCUCCUCCUCCUGUUGCAGAUUUGGACCCCAGCAUGCCCGCCCCUCCUCCCCCACCCCCUCCUGCGGACACUGGUCUCCCCCCUCCACCCUUCAUGUCCUCACCCACCACUUUUCCCUCACCUCCUCCUCCACCGACUCUCAGUCCAUCCAGCAGCAUGUACCCGCCUCCACCUCCUUCCCUAGACGGGGGUGUCCCUCUUCCUCCUCCACCCGCACCGGUGUCAGGAGCUGGUCCUCCUCCACCACCUCCUCCUCCUCCACCUCCACCCAACACUGGCACCGCUGGUGUUGUGCCACCACCUCCGCCACCACCUCCUCCACCUCCAUCUUUCUAAAAAGAAUGUUACAGUCGGUGUUACUGGGUGAUUUUGUCCUCGUUAUAGUACCUCAGAUUUCUUUUCUAACUCAGAGUUACUCAGGCUGUGAUCAGGUUUGCUGUGAGACAGAUGUAUAAAACACGUUCUGCAUGAGGCAUAUUUUGCAGGUCAGAUGUAAGAUCAGCAUUAAGCAUUAAUAAAAGCUGGAAGAAGUGUGUGUAACCUUAACAGUUUGAGCCUGAAAUGAUUUUUUUUUCUGGGACUGAAAAUCCAUCAAAGUGAAAUCUGUAGGUGCAGAGAGCUGCUGUUGAGAUUCUUCCAACAUGUUCCAACAGCACCUGGACUGCAUUCCUAAAAACAAGCUCAAACAGGGAUUCAUGAGCAUCCCCGUCAUUUUUCUGCUUUCCUGUAAUGCAAUUUAUCUUCCUUAAUACGUCUUUGUGUUAUUACAGUGUUUCUUAAGCAGUGAGUUUCGCCUUAAAGUGAACUUUAGCCCAAAGAUCCAAGAGUUAGGAUUCGGUUUAAGUGUCAUUAAAAAAGCAAAAGAG